GAAACAGAGGCGCAAGGAACUCAAAUCCAAACGCACGCAGUACUGUUAGAGAAAGACAGAUAUAUAUAUACAAAGCCGAAUUCGUUUUGAUAAAAUCUGAUAUUAUAAAUUGCUGGAGAAGAUGUCGAAGCUGAGCGACUCAAAGGUCAUAACAUGCAAAGCUGUGGUGUGUUGGGGAAUUGGGGAAGCGUUGAAGUUGGAAGAGAUAAAAAUAGAGCCUCCAAAAUCAACUGAAGUUCGCGUCAAAAUCCUGUAUGCCAGUGUUUGUCACACAGACUUGUUAUACACCGACGGCUUUCCAGCUCCUGCUUUCCCUCGAGUUUUAGGACAUGAAGGUGUCGGUGUGGUAGAGAGUGUGGGUGAGGAAGUAACAGAUGUCAAAGCAGGAGAUUUUGUCAUUCCAACCUACGUUGCCCAGUGCGAAGACUGUGAGAAUUGUGUGUCAGGAAAGACAAACUUGUGCCUAAAAUACCCAAUACCCUUGAGUGGUCUUAUGACUGAUGGCACUUCGAGAAUGUCUGCAAGAGGCCAGAGACUGUACCACACCAUUUCUUGCUCUACAUGGUCUGAGUACAUGGUUGUUGAUGCUAUCUACGUCCUCAAGAUUGAUCCCAGCAUAAUUGAUCUGCCUCAUGCAAGUUUUCUAUCCUGUGGAUUUUCAACUGGAUUUGGAGCUGCUUGGAAGGAAGCUGGGGUUGAACGAGGAUCGAGUGUUGCUGUUCUUGGUCUUGGUGCUGUUGGAUUAGGGGCCGUAGAGGGAGCCAGUAAACAAGGGGCAGCAAGGAUAAUUGGCAUCGACAAGAAUGAGAGGAAACGUACAAAAGGAAAAGCUUUUGGAAUGACUGACUUUUUAAACCCCGAUAAAUAUGAUCAUAAAUCUAUUUCCCAGCUGGUCAAAGAAUUGACUGACGGAACUGGUGUGGAUUAUUGCUUUGAGUGCACUGGGGCCCCACCCUUGAUCAAUGAAUCUCUCCUCGCCAUAAAAAUGGGAAAAGGACAAGCAAUAGUAAUUGGUGCAGGAAAUUAUCCGACAGUGAAGAUCAGUUCCCAGCCCCUAUUGCUUGGUGGAACGUUGAAGGGUUCCAUUUUUGGAGGGCUCAAAGCCAAAACUGACCUACCUGUUAUAAUCGACAAAUGCAAAAAUAAGGUUGGAUCAUCAAUUCUAGCCACAAUAAAACAAAACCAGGCUCACACCAAAUACCAAGCAAACAAUAUAGCAGCUAGUGAUCAUGAAAUCCAACUUGAUGAACUUUUGAGUCACGAAAUUUCACUGGAAGAUGCUGAUAAAGUAUUUGACCUAAUGAAGCAUCCAGACUGUGUGAAGAUUCUUAUCAAGCUUUGAGUACGUCCUGUCUAGCAAUAUUAACGUUCUAGAUGCAUGUUGACUAGCAUGCUAACUAGCGUGCAUGUGAUAAUAAAGGAAUUUUCGACACCAAACAGGUUGAUAGUCUUCCGCACUAAUCAAUAAUUGCAAGCAUAUAAAACUUUUAUUUCAAGUAUCA